AUGCCUUCCCAGACCUCAAUGAUGGCUAUAGUGCGGGACAACCAGACUCAACCCGCCGAGUCGGCGAAUACAGGGGAGAAAAGAGCAAGUAAUACGCGUGAUGAAGCUGGCGUAGGGAAGAAGAAACGUGUACGGAACUUCACGCCCAACGACAGGGCAGCGCACCGUGUUUUCGAGAAGUUAAGAAGAGAAGCCUUCAGGGAGAAGUUGAUCGAACUCGCGUCUUUUCUCCCUACCCUGUCCGAGACGGAACCAAACCGGCUAUCUAAGCAUAUUGUUGUCCACGAGUCAAUCGAGAGGCACCGUGAGCAGAAUCAACAUAUUCAAGAACUACAACGAGAGCGAGAUGAGCUUCUUGCCGAAGUGAAUCGCUGGCGAGCGGCCGCUUCAACAGGCGCGACCGUUGAUGUGCCACUAGAAGCCAGAACUGCACAGUCGUUCGUGUAUCGCACAGUCGCAAGCGGGGAUUGGGAUGUGUUUCCAAAUGAGGGCAUCGCAGCCGCCAGUGAGGGGUUUAACUUCGAUACAACGGGCGGAGUUAAUGAAAUUGGGAGUCCUUCAAGAUCAGCGACAGGUUUGGAACGAGAUCCAGCUGCAUUAGUGGCUGCUGUACCACCACCAACUUCUCAGGGUUCAGUACCAACCCAAAGCGACUGGGCAACCCACUUCAAUACCGUCUCUGCUCCCACGACUGCUGCUACUACGCAUGUCUUAUCGGAUACUAUACCUACUACUGUCGCCAAUGAACGGAUAUCGCCAGACCAAUCAUGGCUAGAGCCCCCAAGUAUGAUGGGAGACGGUAGACCGUGGGAUUUCGAGGUUCGGGAUUUACAUCUCGCACAAAUGCAGCUAGAACAGACUAACGAUUUUGACCCCGAUCCUACAUCUAUCCCGCUUCUUGCUAGUCUAGAGGCAUUCCACAAUGCGGCAGGAGACGCGCGACCCGACCAGGCGGGAUUCCCGCAAAGAUUGGACCAUACCCCGUUCAUGGAAGAACCCCUAAGCUCUCUAGACCAGCUUUACUGGGGAACUGGAUGA